AAAAACAAACAAAUAAAAUUAAUUAAUUAAAAUAAGAUAAACUAAAAUAAAUAGAAAUAAAUAAAUAAAAACUAAUUUACAUUCUCACCGACUUUAACCGCGUAACGCCCCAAAAAGGGCUAAAACCACCGUUACCCACCACUUGAAUCACUUCCUCCUCCAUCUUCUUCCCCAAUUUUUCUCUGAUCCCCAAUUUUCCCAAAACCCUAACCCUUCGCCCAAAUUCACCAUGCUUCUCUCUCCAGGCCACUCCCCUCGCCACCUCUCUACUCCAUCCCCAUCUCCUUCUCUCUCCUCCGCCGAUCCCCCAUCUUCUUCUUCCUCCCAACAACAAAACCCCCCUAAAAAAUCUGCAACAGUUCUCGAUGAAGACAGCUAUGUUGUUGCAAUCGAGAAGAUCAUCGAGCGCGACUUCUUCCCUGACAUCCCGAAGCUUCGUGAUCGUAUCGAUUGGCUUGAAGCGGUCAAUACUAGGGAUCCUGUUCAAAUUCGUGAUGCCCAGUUGAAGAUUCUUGAGCGUCGUCGAGGUUUGAACCCCACUGAUGGAGGUAAAAUUCGAACUCCUGGUUCAACUUUUUUUAAGAAUUCUGUUACCCCUUUUGAUUUUGAUCGAACCCCUUCUGUAAUUGAUGGGAAUUUUGGUGGUGGGGAGGUGGUUGGUGAUGGGAAUUCUGUUAAUGUUAAUUUGAGUUUGGAUCAGUUUUUUAGGAAGUAUACUAGUGAAGAUAAUGACAGUUUUAAUAGAAUUAUGGAGAAAGUUAAUAGGAAGAGGAAGGAGAGAUAUGGGUAUUUGUUGGAAGGUGAGAAGGAAGAGGAUGAUGAGGUUAAGGGGAUUGAGGAUGUUAAGAGGGAUAGGAUUACGGAUGGGUAUGGUACGUCCGAUCAACCGGUGAGUACGUUGGAGGGUUGGAAGUAUUGUGCUAAGAAUUUGCUAAUGUAUCACCCUGCUGAUAGGGGUGAAGCUCCGUUGACGGCGGAUGAGAGGGCCGAGAGGUUGAAGGGUUUGACAAAGGAGGUUGAUCGGUAUAAUACUAGAUUUCAUGGGAAGAUGUCGGAUUCUGGACUGAAAGAGGAGGAUGAGGUUGAGGUUCUUUAUAACAUGGUAGCGGGGGGUACCCCGGUGAUAUCUGAUAGGAAUAGGGAUAAGACCAAGAAGUAUGAUUUGGAGGAUUUGAGGAAGUCUCCGAAUGUGUUUUAUGUGGAGUCUGAGAAAAAGGCUGAGAAUGGUUACAGUUUUGUGAAGACUCCUUCACCUGCUCCUGGUGCGGAUGAAUCACCAUUUAUCACUUGGGGUGAAAUUGAAGGGACACCUUUGAGAUUGGACAGUGAGGAUACGCCACUUGAUAUUGGAGGUAGUGGUGAGGGGUCACGUUUCAAGAUUCCAUUGCCUCCUACACGGGAUUUGAAAGCUCAUUCUUUAUCGCGGGAGGCUGCUCGUAAGCUGAAGGAAAGGUCAAGGAUGUAUGAGAAACCACCCCUGCCUUCGCCUAUGAGGAGUGGAAGUGCCAGUCCUAAUGUGAGGACUCUUUCCCCUGCUGCUCAGAAGUUUAUGAGGAAUGCAAUGGCAAAAUCAUCAGCUUCUGUCGACGAAUCUCUGCGUGCUAGUUAUCGAGGCAACAGCCCUGGCCCAGGUACUCCUAAGCCGGGAAGGAGCAUGUCAAAGCUUGCUAGAGAUGGAACCAUUGAUUCUGCCAGGUCACCUUCUGUGAGAGAAGGUUCUAAUCCUCCUUGGUAAUUAGUUUAUUGGCUUGUAGGAACUACAACUUAGGGUAACAAGUUCCGUUGUACAUUAAUUCUCGGGUAUGGAUCUCUUUGUACUUCAGCAUCUGUAUCUGAUAACUUAUGUUUCUCUAUGGUUUCAUGAAAUACACGUUAUAUCUUUCUUUGUAUUUGCUGAAAGUGCUUGGUGCCUUUGUACCUCUGAUUUAUCAACAAAAUUUUAUACCUGUUAUCUA